AUCUCCAAACCAAAACUCUGAAGCUGCUUCCCUGGCUGCCCUUUCUCUGAGCUACGUGGGUUGUAAGCUGUUCAGGGCAGCUAUGGCUUUUGCUGGGAACAUUUGCUCAUCUUUGGCUGAAAGAAGUCCUGCUGUUUUCAUGGUCUCUUGCCAAACUUGCACUGGUGCUGGGCUGCUCGAAGGCAGAGCAUCCCUCUCCUGACACAAACAAUGAAGCAGUUUGGACCUCCUCAGAUCUCCAGGGCUGUAGCCCAUCUCCAACCACACCGAGGAAGACAAGUGGCAUAGGACUUCUUGGGAGGAAUUUUUUAUUGCAGCUUCCUACACUGUCUUUCCUGAACUGUUGGUUCACUGUGUUGACUUAAUUCACCUUUCGCCCCGCUGAGCUAAAGCCCUGAGUGUUUUGGUGUCAGGGAUCCCUGGUCAGUCACAAGGGCAGUGAUCUGCCUGCUCCAAAUAGGCUGAGUGACGACUCCUGCGUGUGGUUGUUGAUCUUCUCUAAUUGCUGCCACGUCAGCAGCCACAUCAGGCUGUCUGAGAUGACGGUGGGAGACUCUGUAAUCCCUGCAAAUUCCCCCCUCACCUGAGCCCUUUGCGUUCUUGGUUCAGAUUUGCUGGCCUUCUGCGAGGAGCUCUCAGAGGAUAAAAGCAGCAUUAAUGGUUUGAGGGUUUCAGACCUCAGCAAAGGCAUCCCCUGCCUGUGAUACUGCUGGGAGCUGUUUGUGCUGUGUCUGCUGGCACCGGGCACUGCAGGUUGUCGAGGGAUUCCCUGGUACCAGAUUAUGCAUUAGAGGAAAACUGGGAGAGAGAGUUAUUCUGGAAUACACACUGCUUCCGAACUCCUCUGGAUCCUGCUGACAUGGAGAGGCCUGCCUCAAUGCUGUGCCUGAGAACUUGCUACAUAAAACACUUCAAGCCACUUGGUGUUGCUGAAAAUCCACCUGAGCUGGGGCAAUCCCCUCUCUCCAGGAGCGGCCUUUGCUGUUCUAGGACGGUGAAACGAGAGUGGUCAAACACUGUCAGCAAGUGUGCCUUGCCCAUCAUCCCAGAAUAUCCAGGCUUCCAGGAUGUAAAGUUACCAAGAAAUUAUUUGGGAAAUCCAGCCUCCAACCAAAUUUUCCAGGAUCUGGAAAGAGGGAAGAGCUCAUCACCACAACUCAAUAAUCUCCCAAGGAGAGCCUCGUUAGUCCAUUGCCUGGGGAGCUCCUCAGGAGGCUGCUUGAAAGGCCACCAGACCACCAGCCCUGGCUUCCAGGACAAACCUUUGCAGGAAUACUUCAACGAGAGGCUGAUGGAGCUGGGGAACUACGAAAGCAAGAGGUCCAAAAGGAAAACAAAGGCAGAUAAGAACCAGCCCCUGCUCCUGGCCCAGAGAGGGUUUCAGCGCAGGAGCAGCUGCAGCGCUCUGCUGGUGCUGGGCCAUGGCACGGAGGGUGAGGAGUCCUGCAGCUCAGCAAACCAGCACAGCAAGGGAGUGAUGGAGUGUCAGGAUCAAAAGGAAACCCAGAACGUCCUAAAGCUCAACAUGGGUGACUUCUUGGAUCUUCUGACAAUGCACAUCACUGCUCCUCUAGAAGCAUUUGUACAAAAGAAGUGAUACUGGAGCUGGUUACAGAUUUUUGUGCAGUCCUAGAACCCAGGAAGGGUUGUUCCUGUUCAGCACCAUUCUGAUUCUAGCUCAUGUGUAUCAGUCCCCUCUGAUGCAGAAAGGUGCUUGUUAUGGGAUUGUUCUUGAUUAACAUUGCAUAUAUUUGUUUUCAAUUAUCUCCUGCAAAGAAUCAGCACUAUUGAGCCAUAGGUGCAGCUUAUAGCAGUGUUCUAAAUAUGUGCAUGUAUUACUAGAAUGCUUAAGUUGCCUUCAAAAAACGUGGUUAGUGUCAGAGGAGCAGCUUGUUUCCUGCUGUGCAGUUUGUGUUAGUUAAUCUGAAGAAAGAAUGUUGUAUUCUGCCUCGUUAUUUCGCUUGUUUUAAACCUCUUGCUUUUAUCAUGUCACUGUGGCCCAACUCGUUGAUGUUCUUACUGUGACUUGUUGCUGACACAGAAAUAGUUGAUGAGAAAUUACUGAUUUUCACUCAUUGCCACACGUAAUCACCAGGUGGAUCACUGCAAGGGUUUGAUGCAUGAAGAAGCAAACACAGACAUAAGAUCUACUUUUAAAUAUGAUCAGCUAUUAUGGUUUCAUUUGCAGACUCAAAAACCUUUGACUCAAAAACCACUGCAAGAGCAAAGAGGAAAAAAUGCAAGAUUUAAGUUAGAAUGAUGGAAUUAAGUAUGAAAGAAGGCUCCUUCCCUCUUUCCUACCGUAAAUCCAAGAACCACAUAGUGAAUUCCUAAUGUAAUCUGAACUUCAAAUUGUUUAUUGUAUUUUAAUGUUUAUCGUGGUCAUGUAAGUAUAAAAUGUCAGCUGCAGCUGGAUCUUUUUACUAUGGGAAAUGUCAGUGUUUAAUUCCACAGUGAAUAUCAGACCCAAAAUGAGGCAAUGAUUUUAAGCUUCCAGAAAGAUCUAUUACUGCCUGUGGUAUCAUCAGCAAUAAAUUCCUCAUUACAGUUGUGGUUUGAA